AUGGCCGGAGGUUAUAUUCAAUUUGAUAUCCAUAGAUCUCUUGACGGAAACAGUGAAUUGCCUGUUUGGAAAUGGGUAUUUGAGAUUGAUUUUCUUGUUACUAUUCCAGUCGCAGCCUUUGGUGUCUACAUCCUUCCUGGUGAACUUUCUAAACUAACAAAAUGCUUCUUUUUGAAUAAGCACGAGUUUAUAUAUUAA